ACACCUUAAAAUCCACUCCUCCAGGCCUCCCAUUGGUGGAGCUCCCACAUAUAUCCGUCACUCUGCAUCACUGGGAGUAUGACAGCGAGGCCUUCAGCUGAGCCUGAAUCAUCACCAUCUCCAAACCAUGCGUUUCAGCCACGAUCCCGCAGCUUUCCCGCAACUUUGCGAACCAAACAUGUUUGAAAGCGAAGACUCGAGCUCCACAGGCGGGGAGCAGAUGACCGAGGUGCGCUCGCCGUGUUCAGGACCCUCCAGCCCGCUGUCCGUCAACUCGGACUCCAGCUGCACCAGCCCCGAGGCCAAGUCUUCUUCAACGCAGCAGAGAGUCAGGAGACCCCUGAACGCCUUCAUCAUCUGGACUAAAGAGGAGCGCAGGCGGCUGGCGCAUCUUAAUCCAGACCUGGAGAACACAGAUCUGAGCAAAAUACUUGGAAAAACCUGGAAGGCCAUGUCUCUGGCUGAGAAGCGUCCAUACAUGCAGGAGGCCGAGCGUCUGAGGGUCCAGCACACCAUCGACUAUCCCAACUACAAGUACAGGCCUCGCAGGAGGAAGCAGCUGAAGAAGACCUCCAAACCUCCAGGUCCAGAUGCCUCUGCUUCCCUCCCGUCGCUCUGCAGCUCUGGCUACACGGCGCCCUACAACCUCACCUACCUGCUCCAGAACCAGCAGCCAUCCUACCCGAGCAUGCCCACUUUCCACAACUCACCAGCUAACUUCACCCCUUUGCGCAGCAGCAGCGGCAGCUACCCGAACAUUCCAGUUUUUCCAGACACGGCAGCAGACACUUUCCCAAAUAGGCCUGAGUUGUACUCAAACCCGCCUGCCUACCCUGCAGAGCCUCAGGUGUACUUUGGCAGUCAGCAUGGGCACAUGCAGUACGGUUACUCAAACUCUGUAGGUCCCCAAGUGGAUCAGGUGGAGUCCAGGGUUCAUGGGGGGCUGCUGUGUCCUGCUGGGCCCUCCUUGGAGUUUUACCUGGAACAGGUUCAGUUGGAUAUGCUGUACGAUCUGGACCGCAGCGAGUUCGAACAGUACCUGGGUCCGACUCCUCACAGGCCUGAGUCGGUGGAUCCCAGCAGCUACCACAGAGAGGAACGCUUACUGUCAUAAAACUACAAACACUGCUGUAUUUAUUCAAAUGAUUUCAGUGUCAUUUGCUGCUGAAAGUGUAUAUUUUGUUUCCUAAAUGACUCUGUGCUGUUUUUCAACAUAAUUAUAAUGUGUCAAUAAAUA